UUGGUUCCGUACAAAAAGAGUGCAACAUAACACUUGCUCGGAAGGGAGAAAAGAUUCCUUCAGUUUAGUGUUGUGAUUGGCACCAAACAUUACAUUGUGCCAAUAUUGCAUUGCAACGAAAGUAUUUUCUGUACACCAAAGCCUGCGCCCAUACCCAGUUUGGGGUCCGGAUGAACGAAGAAUGGAUAGUAAUUCACCCAAUCCGCAGCAAAGCAGUGGCAGUGGUCCGAUUCCGAGUGGCAGUAAUGAAAGGGACAUCGCCAACAGAAGAAAUCGUCUAAUGCGCAUAACGCAACGUACGAUUGAUACAGACGACAGUAGUCGAAGCAGUAGCAGCAGCAACUUCAGCGAUAUGGAAGAUAACAACAAUGAAGUAGACGAGCGAAGCGGACAACACGAUUUGGCACCAAACAGCGCAACUACCGAGCAUGGCCCCAACGGUGAGGAAUUGCCAGAAGAUGAAGCAGCACGACUUUUCGAAGACUACAUCCGCGAACGUGAAUCUGCUGCGACGGAAAUUUACAACACAGAACUUCCUACGGAACACGCGUACCUUGGCAAAAUGGAGCGAGUUGAAGGGGUGGAUUAUCUGGAACCGGGCAAAACAUACCGCCUCCCCAUAUACAGCCACCAUUCGAUUGUGUAUCCGGGCGAAAUUGUUCCACUUAUGCUAAACGAUUCAAACUUUUACAGCGGCGGUUCGGGCGACUCCUCCGAUGGGCUGAAGUUUGGUCUGGUAUUUCAAAACCAGUACAGCACCAGUGGACGCGUGUACGGUGUAACGUGUCAGGUGUAUGAGCGUGGUGCUGAAGGAUUGUCGGCUCUCCUAAAAACGGUUGCCCAGCAACGGUUCUACAUCGUACGACAAUCGCAGGAGCGAAGGGCGGACGUAAAAAUUCUUCCCGAAAUCGUACUACCCGAUCCGCUUAUCAGCUGUUGCUCAAAUGCCAUGGUACGAUAUGCAUACAGCAGCCGGAAGGACCGAUUGACGAGCUUUAAGCGGUUGCUGACGCAAACGACGGUUUGGCCCCAGUUCGUGUACGAUCAGUAUGACACGAAGGAGGUGAUGGCAAAGGUUGAGCGGUUUCUUUCAUCACUCAAAAUUACCAGCGUGCAAACCGAUAAGGUGAAGCUAUCGUUCUGGUUGGCACGAAAUAUUCCGCUGACGGAGGAAUAUCGGAAGAUGAUCUUCUGCACCGAUUCUGUACUGCGUCGUAUGUUGAUCAUCAAUAAGGCGCUCGACCACAUGUGGUAUUUUAUUUGCAAGCGUUGCGAAAGCGAAAUCGCUAAUUAUGAUGAUAUGUUCGCUAUGUCGAAGCAGGGUGUGCAAACAAGCUACUGCAACCCGUCCGGUUACGUACAUGACACGCUCACCGUCCACAAGACGAAGGAAAAUUCGACGCUUCCCGUUGAGCGGCCCUCAACGAACUUCAGCUGGUUCCCGGGCUACUCUUGGCAAAUUAUUGUGUGUGCGAACUGUCGGCAGCAUCUUGGCUGGAAGUUUGUGGCGGAAAAGAAGAACGUUCUACCCAAAAGUUUCUACGGGCUGUCCGGUACGAACAUUACGGUGAAAUCGCACGGCGAUCUGAAGAAGACUGAGGAUGAGUUUGACGUCACCGCUAGAACACCAGCGAGCGAUGAGCAGUUAGAUUACGAAGAACUGUCCGAAUUUGACUCCACUGAUGAGGAGCUGUAUUGAGUUGAGUGUUGGGUUUGAGCCUGAUCCAGAUUCAUGAAUCUUUAACCUGAGUACAUGACUCUGCAUCAAUAUGAUAAAGAUUUAUGAAUCUUCCAAGACCGUGGCCUACGUACCAGCAGCGCUCUCUGUCGAUCAACCGUUUUCGUUGAACCGUAAAUGAGCUUGUUCUGCUACCGGGACAUCAGAGAUUCAUGCGAGUCGACUCAUGGUUCGUAAGACUUCAUGGCAACUUUAUACGAAUAACUCUUCUCAAUCGAGCCACCAAACGCAAAACUAGUUUGGCGACGAUUUUCAUGCGUUUUCGAUUAAUGUAUUGUAUCUACUAAAAUAUUGUGAUUGAGAAGAGUAUAGAGAUUCGUUUUUAAACCUCCCCCGGAGGAUUUGUUGGCCUAUGUUGCAACGAGGAAAUGGAUUGGAUGGACGUUUAUUAGUUUUCAAAGUGUCAAAGAAGAUUCAAUCACUUCCGAUCAUUUCACAGUUGUCUUUGGAAUAAAUUCAACAUAAUUUUGAAACCUUGAACUGUAUCGAUUGAGACAAAACUAGUUCAUACCUCCCUAACAUAGCUACCCAGCAGUACAUAUUUCUCCACAUUAAUAGUACUUUGAAGCCAACGGUCGUGGUACUACUUCGUACUGGGUAGGGCUACCCUAUCUGUCCAUACAUAAUCAUGCUCGCUUGCAGAGCGGUGCAUGAUAAUCCAUAUAAUUAAGCUGAAGGGAGGACAUCAAGGAUGCGUGAAUUAUGUUUCAUAUCUAUUCCCCAUAAAAUGUUAUACAAUCUUA